UGCGGGAAUAAAGUGCGGCACUUGGAGGGCUCUGGCCGUCCUCACGAACCUCCAAUUACUCCGAUAAUUCCGAUAAAAAAAUCCAAUUCCCCCCAAUUUGAUUAUCAAAUUGUAAAAUCCCCCUGCAAUAAUAGAGUCAGUGAGUGCAAGUUGAACCGAGUUUUGUCAAUAAGACACUGUGAUAAAUCCCCCUAUUCAAACGUUUAAAUUCACACGAUUGGGGACAUGGCUCUUGGGUCACAAGUCGAGGCGAACGGCGAGGAUGGUGCUGUGAAAAUUCCGAUGGUCAAUGGAAAAAAAGAAGGAUCAGAUGAUGCACAUAAGGACGAGGGCUCCGGCACAGCCUCAACGGAGGUCCUGGAGAAAGGGGAGGUAGAGGCGACGAAAGAGUGUGAGAAAGAGAAGAGCGAAAAAGAGAAGGACAACGAUGAAAAAGAGAAGGAUGGAAACGAUCAGGAGGUUGUCUUCAUUCAGGACAUGGGUUUCACAGUGAAAAUAGUGAGUCCCGGUGCUGAGCCCUUCGACAUUCAGGUGUCCUCCAUGGAGCUCGUCCAGGAGAUUCACCAACUGCUCAUGGAUAGAGAGGACACGUGUCACAGAACGUGUUUCUCACUUCAACUGGACGGUAACACCCUGGACAAUUUUGCAGAGUUGAAGAACAUCGAGGGCCUGAAGGAGGGCUCGAUAAUCAAGGUAGUGGAGGAGCCCUACACGAUGAGGGAGGCGAGGAUUCACGUGAGACAUGUCAGGGAUCUCCUGAAGAGUGUCGAUCCGGCUGAUGCCUACAACGGGGUUGAGUGCAGCAGUUUGAGUUUUUUGAAUGUCGUUACCAAUGGGGACAUUCUGGAGAAGAAGAAGACGAGGGCUGAUGCUGUUGACUGCACACCACCUGAUUAUAUUAUUCCGGGGGGCAAGGAGAGGCCUCUUUUGCCACUCCAGCCACAGGCCAAGGAACAGAAGUGUCCUCCUUGUCUUAAGGUAUUAACAACCUCAGGCUGGAAUCCGCCUCCAGGCCACCGCAAGCUCCACGGCGAUCUCAUGUACCUCCAAGUGAUAACUCUCGAGGACAAGCAGUACUACCUGACCGCCUGUGCCCGAGGCUUCUUCGUCAAUCAAUCGACCAAAGAGACCUUCAAUCCGAAGCCAGCCACCCCCUCCCAUCUCUGUCACAGUCUCAUCGAGCUCCUGAAUCAGCUAUCCCCCGCCUUCAAGCGAGGCUUCACAGCGAUGCAGCGUCGCAGGACUCAGCGUCAUCCCUUCGAGAGGGUCGCAACACCCUAUCAACUCUACGCCUGGUCUGCACCCCAGACUGAGCACACCAUCGACGCCAUCAGGGCUGAGGACACUUUCUCAGCUAAAUUGGGGUACGAGGAGCAUAUCCCGGGGCAGACGAGGGAUUGGAACGAAGAGCUGCAGACGACUAGGGAAUUACCCAGGAAAAAUCUGCCAGAGCGACUGCUGAGGGAGAGGGCCAUCUUCAAGGUUCACUCUGACUUUGUUGCUGCUGCCACUCGAGGGGCUGUUGCUGUCAUCGAUGGAAACGUCAUGGCCAUUAAUCCAGGGGAGGAGGCCAAGAUGCAGAUGUUUAUCUGGAACAAUAUCUUCUUCUCUUUAGGUUUUGACGUUCGUGAUCACUACAAAGAGCUCGGUGGUGACGCAGCAGCCUUCGUAGCACCUCGCAACGACCUUCAAGGGGUCAGAGUCUACGCAGCAGUCGACCUGCCUGGUCUCUACACCCUGGGAACAGUUGUAAUUGACUACAGGGGCUACAGAGUCACAGCCCAGUCCAUAAUCCCAGGAAUCCUCGAGCGAGAGCAGGAGCAAUCUGUCGUCUACGGCUCGAUAGACUUUGGAAAGACAGUCCUGACUCAUCCGAAGUACCUGGAGUUGCUCAACAAAGCUGGACAGCAGCUGAAAAUCCUCCCUCACAAGGUCAUCAACGAUGCAAACGAGGAGAUUGAACUCUGCUCCAGUGUGGAAUGCAAGGGGAUCAUCGGGAACGACAGCAGACACUAUGUUUUGGAUCUACUGAGGACCUUCCCACCUGAUGUCAACUUCCUGAAGCUUGAGGGUGUUGAGUUGAGCAAGGAGGCACGAGCCCUGGGCUUCCCGGUUGAACAUAAACAUCGAUUGGCUUGUCUAAGACAGGAGCUCAUCGACUCCUUCGUGGAGGCCCGCUACGUCCAAUUCAUAAAGCACGCAGCAGUGCACCUGCAGCAUUUAACGACCUCCAAGCUCUCGCAGAAGCCGAAGGACUCCACAGACCCGCCGAAGCCCUCCCCAGACGCGAAGCCCCCGCAGGACGCCAAGCCCCUCCCAAUCGACUCAAACAAGGAGACCACCACCUCGAUCGAGGCGGACGAGGCCAAGAAGAUCGUCGAGAGCAUAACCGACUCCAUCACCGGAGGUGAGAAGCAGGAGCUCGAGGAAUCUACCAAAGAGAUAGUGAAGCGUGCAGCAGCGGCGGUGGGCUCCCUCCGAGAGGCUGAAUUCGACGUCAAGUUCAACCCCGACGUCUUCUCCCCAGGGGUGAAGCACCCCGACCAAUCCGGGGACGCCCUGAAGAAGCAGAGACAGCUGGUGAUCGACGCCGCCGACUUUCUGCUGACAGUCCAGCUGCCGACGUUCAUCCGAGAGUGCCUGGACCACACAGCAGCAGCGAUGGACGGCACAACCCUCGUAGAAGCCCUCCACGGUCGUGGCAUCAACGUCAGAUACCUGGGUAAACUCGCCGCAAUGUUGGCAGCAGUUCCCCAACUCAAAUACCUCCACAAGAUCGCAGUCUCCGAGCUGAUUCUGCGCUCCUCCAAGCACAUCUUCACGUCGUACAUGCAGGGAACCGAGCUGAUGUCCCUGUCAGCCUCGAUCUCCCACUUCCUGAACUGCCUCCUCUCCUCCUCGCAGUUCGUCCACCCCCAGCUGAACCUGGAGGAGCUGCAAAGCAAGACAGCAAAGCGCAGGAACAAGCGCAAGGGCAGGGCCAACGGUCCCCAGCAGUCGGAGGUCGAGUGGGCGUCGCUGACACCCAAGUCCCUCUGGCAGCAAAUCAAGACGGAUCUCAAGUCUUACUACGACUGGGAGACCCCAUUCCCCGAGUCCUUCGACGCCACCAUCGACCACUUUGACCUCCAGAAGAUCUCGCUGCUGAGGAAUUUCUGCGUGAAGACUGGCAUUCAGAUUCUCCUGAGAGAGUACAACUUCGAGAACAAGAACAGGGCGACCUUCUUCGAGGAGGACAUCCUCAACAUAUUCCCAGUGGUCAAGCAUAUCAACCCCCGGGCGUCUGAUGCCUACAACUUUUAUACGACAGGACAGAGCAAGAUACAGCAGGGCUAUCUCAAGGAUGGCUACGAGCUCAUAAGUGAGGCUCUCAAUCUCCUGAAUAAUGUUUACGGGGCGAUGCACCCCGAGAUCGCUCAGUGUCUCAGAAUGCUUGCGAGACUCAACUACAUCAUGGGAGACCACGGGGAGGCCCUCGCCACCCAGCAGAAGGCUGUCCUCAUGAGCGAGAGGGUCAAUGGAAUCGAUCAUCCCUACACGAUCACUGAGUACAUCCACCUGGCGCUCUACUCGUUCGCCAAUGGCCAGGUCUCGGUGUCUCUGAGACUGCUCUAUCGAGCCCGAUAUCUGGCUCUCCUUGUCUGCGGUGAGGACCACCCAGAGGUCGCCCUCAUCGACAGCAACAUCUCUCUGAUCCUUCACGCUGUUGGAGAGUACGAGCUGUCUCUCAGAUUUCUCGAGCACGCACUGUCUCUUAAUCUCAGAUAUCAUGGCCCUCGGUCUCUCAAGGUCGCUGUCUCGUACCAUCUGGUGGCGAGAACGCAAAGCUGCAUGGGAGACUUCAGAGCUGCCCUCAAUAAUGAGAAGGAGACGUAUGCCAUUUACAAACAACAGCUCGGGGAGGAGCACGAGAAGACCAGGGAGAGCUCUGAUUGUCUCAGACACUUGACACAACAGGCUGUUGUUCUGCAGAAGAAGAUGAAUGAGAUUUACACUGGCAAGAGUGGAGUCUCACUUCCACCCAUUCAGAUACAGCCACCGUCUAUGGGAAGCGUUCUUGACAUGCUCAAUGUCAUCAAUGGAAUUCUCUUUGUGCAGAUCAGCCAGCAGGAUAUUGAGAAUCUCAAGGCUGAGAUUGAGAAGAGGCAGAAGGAACAGGGGGAGGGGAAGGAGAGGGAGAAGAUCGAGGAGAUUGAGAGCUGAGUUUGAUCGGGGGGAGAGUGAGAGGCAGAUUUCGAGGGGUUCUAAAUCACUCAGUGAACGGAUUCAGCCCCAAGCGAUGGGAUUCACCCAGGAAUCAGGGAUUUUUGGGGAAAUUAAAAAAUUAUGGUUUGGUUUAAAGGGUGCCACGUUUCGAUAAAUAUACGCGCAAGAAAAAAUUUAAAGGAGCUCUGUACUUUUGGAUAUUUUCAGUUUUUUAAUUUUUCAACUAAAUUGCAUGGA